AUGAGUGCGAAUGGCUUCCUGGGCAGCGCCGUGGCAUGGGCCUUUUCACGCGACGGAUGGACCACGUACGGGCUCGUCAGAAGUACCCGGAGUGUCCUGGACCUCGUGCGAGAAGAGAUCAUCCCCAUCGUUGGCACCGCGGCAGAGGCUUCCACGUCCAUAUCGAAGCUGCCCGCCAUCGACGUGAUCAUCUGCUACGAGCCGCUGAGCGAGAUCAUCCCGGUGACUGAACGGAGCCUCGACGUUCACAUGCGGCUGCGAGACUUUUCCCCCCGCGACGAAGGGGUGUUUGGGCGGUAUGUGCUGUCGCUGUUCAGGUUUCCCCAGUGGGUCGGCUCCGACAAGUUGCGCAAGGACACGGGUUGGACGGACAGGAAGUCGCUGUUCCACAGCGGGUAUGAUGUGUGUCGACAGGCAUAUGAGGCGGUGAUGAGCGAGGAUUUGGAGCAGGUCGAGCGCGUGUUUGACGAGACCGCACGCGAGAGGUUUCUGGGCGGACAAGACCCUCGUAAUAAGCCUACCCAUAUUCCCGCCCUCGAAGAGCACCAUCCACGUCCUUGGGAUAUCUUCAAAGACGGUGUCGACCACGGUCUCGUUGUCGCCGUCGCGGACGAGGCGGCUGCCCGUCUUCCACUCGUCGACCAGGAUCUGCUGGACCUCACCCAGGUGGCCGAGGCUGAUGCUGUGGUAUAA